ACGUGGAUAUAUCCUUGCAUGCUGUUAAUCUGCUUCUUUGCUCUCCUGGGAAGAAUCUAGCCUUGAUAUUCUCUGUUGGCAGUGGGCAUUUGGGGGAUGAUGAUCCUUGCAUGUAAGUAUCACCAGCCAGGAUAGUGGGGGGAAGUCCAGGUGGGGGAGGGCUUCCUAGCCCUGUGUAAGUACUCUUAUCCUGCACUGCUUGGAAACUGGUUAUGAAGAGUGGGGAGCCUCUAGCCCAUGAGCAAUUUCCCUUCUUACAGACCUGGAGUUUCUCUUUAGCAGGUUUCCUAAGUACCCCUCCAGCCUGAGUGCUCUGUGAAGAAAUGUGCUGUGUAAAUAAGACUUCUUCCUGACUGGCCCUCCCUGGCAUAGAGGUCCUUGUGACAGGAGCCUCUCCAGGCUGCAGGGGAAGUCUGCAUCUGUAUAAAUGGUGCAGUCUACCUCUCCACUAUGACCUGGAGGUAGAGAUCCACGUAGGCUCUGUGUGUGUAGGAGGAGCAGCUGGGACAGGAGCCAUGUUGCUGUGCUCUUUGGCCCUCUCCCUCAUCCUACUGAUGGUCUCUGGCAUUGAGUGCGAAGUGAAGGAAAUUUGUGUUGGAAGCUCAGGCAUCCCUGGCACUCCAGGGUCACAUGGCCUGCCAGGCAGAGAUGGAAGAGAUGGAAUCAAAGGAGACCCUGGACCUCCAGGCCCCAUGGGCCCCCCUGGAGGAAUGCCAGGCCUCCCUGGGCGUGAUGGGCUGGUUGGAGCCCCUGGCAUUGCUGGUGAGCAUGGAGAAAAGGGAGAACCUGGUGAGAGGGGCCCUCCAGGGCUUCCAGCUUAUCUAGAUGAGGAGCUCCAAAACACACUCCACAACUUGAGGCAUCAAAUCUGGCAGUCAACAGGAGUCCUCAGUUUGCAGGGUUCCAUGCUGAGAGUGGGAGAGAAGAUCUUCUCCACCAAUGGGCAGUCAGCCAAUUUUGAUGCCAUUAGAGACUUAUGUGACAGAGUUGGUGGCAGCAUUGCAGUCCCAAGGAGCCCAGAAGAGAAUGACGCCAUUGCAAGCAUUGUGAAGAAGCACAACACUUAUACCUACCUGGGUCUAGCUGGGGACCCUAUCUCUGGAGUCUUCUACUACCUGGAUAGGACCCCUGUGAAUUAUACCAACUGGUACCCAGGGGAGCCUAGGGGUCAGGGUAAAGAGAAGUGUGUGGAGAUGUACACAGAUGGGCAGUGGAAUGAUAAGAGCUGCCUGCAGUACCGACUAGCCAUCUGUGAGUUUUGACCACGCAUCAAGGCCAUGGAAGAGAUAGGGUCCUGCCUUGCUUUUCAGCUUCUAUCCUGCAGAUCCACCUGAUAUAUGAAAUGCUAUAACUCCUUUGUAACAAAAUUUACUUGUGGCUAU